GUCUUCUAACUUUCUAAGUGAAUAAUAUUUCCCGCCCCCUUUUCCUUUACCAUCACCAUUUGCCGCCAACAUUCUCCCCUCUCUCUCUCCAAUUUCCAUUGUUGGUGAAUGGUGAAGCUAUGAACUCAAGAGAUGCAACUUUGAUCUCAUCAGCUACUUUAAUCGGUGCUGUUGCGUCUGCCAUUGUUAUCCGCUUUUUCUUCAACAACAACCCUAAGCCGCGGCACCGCCAUAAAUCUUCCUCCAAAUCCCCUAAUUCAAACGGACACACACUUUCUUCUCCUCCUCCUUCUCCUUUCGAUCCUUCCAAGCGCCAAGGGUACUUAUCUUGGGAUGAUUAUUUUAUGGCCAUUGCUUUCCUUUCUGCUCAGCGCUCCAAAGACCCGAAUCGUCAGGUUGGUGCUUGCUUGGUUAGCCAAAAUGGUGUAAUACUUGGCAUUGGCUAUAAUGGAUUUCCACGAGGUUGUUCUGAUGACAAGCUUCCAUGGGCAAAGAAGUCGAAAAGUGAAGAUCCUUUGGAGACUAAGUAUCCGUAUGUUUGUCACGCUGAAGUGAAUGCAAUUCUCAACACAAACCAUGCAUCUGCUGCAGGACAGAAACUUUAUGUUACGAUGUUCCCAUGCAACGAAUGUGCUAAAAUAAUUAUUCAGUCAGGUGUUUCUGAAGUUAUCUACUUUGUGGAGAAGAGGCUUCCAAAUUCAGACAAAUGUUACAUUGCUUCUCACAAACUACUGUCAAUGGCUGGUGUAAAGGUCAGGAAACAUCAGCCACAGAUGGACCAGAUCAACAUCAAAUUUGAAGAACCCUAAGCAGUUGUUUGAUGUUGUUGCUGGUUUUGUAACUUGUUCUUGUACCUUUUUUAAAGUAGUGUGUCAAUGUUACGACUAGUGCUAGUCAGCUCGCAAGAGAUUGCCUGCUUUUUAAUCUCCCUGACUACUUCCACCAAACUUUUACUUCUAAUUAGACUACUUGAAAUUGUUAUCUUCGGAAAUCUACAUAUAAGUACAAAUUCAGCUUUUUCACAUGUCA